UAUAUCCCUAUUACGUAAAAUAUAAUUUUUUCAGCAGGGAUUUUGAGUUCUCUUGAAAGAAAAAUUACUUUUUAAAAUAAUAUUAAUUUCGUUGAUAAAGGCUUGCACAAUGAAAUCUAAAUAAGUUUUAGAAAUACCCCCAAUAUUGGUUGAAGGAUUUUAUUAUACAAUCUGGUAGCCCAAACAGCUGAUUAUAACUUCAUAUUGUUUAUUUCCAAUUGUGAAAUUAACGGGACUACGAUUGUUACUUUUUAAAAAAUGUUAGAGGCGCGAUUAAGUAAAACCUUGCUGCUUAAGAAGAUCAUUGAGGCCCUGAAGGAGAUAAUCGACCAAGGAACGCUGGACUGCAGCGAUUCAGGCUUGCAGCUCCAAUCGAUGGACAAUUCGCAUGUCUCACUAGUGGCGCUAAGUCUUCAAUCUGAUUGCUUUGAGAAAUUCCGAUGUGACCGCAAUGUCUCCCUGGGAUUGGAUCUGAAGUCCCUGGCCAAGGUGCUAAAAUGCGCCAACAGUGACGAUAUGGUCACAAUAAAGGCCAUUGACAAGCCGGACAAGAUUCAACUGAGCUUCGAAUCUGAUGGAAAUGAAAGAACAGCAGACUACGAACUCAAGCUGCUGAAUCUAGACCAGGAUCACUUAGGGAUUCCAGAAACAGACUAUGCCUGCGUCAUACAGUUGCCUUCGAUGGAAUUUGCCCGUAUAUGUCGGGACAUGAGUAUGUUUAGUGAAGCUCUGACAAUCGCUUGUUCCAAACAGGGAAUCAAGUUUUCCGCCAAUGGAGAUUUGGGUUCCGCCAAUAUUCAAUUGACUGAGGGCAGCAAAAUGGACGUUAAUAUUGAGGUGAAAGAACCCUUAACCCAGACCUUCGCCGGUCGUUACCUGAACACCUUUACCAAAGCCACUCCACUGACGGAUCGUGUAAAGAUUUGCUUGGCCCCCGAGGUUCCGCUCCUUGUGGAAUACCCCAUAGAAGACUUCGGAUAUAUUAGAUACUAUCUCGCACCCAGGGUUGAUGAUCCCGACUCGUAACAAAUUUACAUAUAUAUUAAAUGUUGUCACCUAUUUUUAAUCGAUUUUUUAUAAAUAACAAAAGAAAAAUGGAUAUUCGUAUGGAAUUAACCUUAUUAAAGAUCUCCCCAUAUGUACAUGAAACUUAA